AAAAAUGGAUCCUCCAAAGUAUAAUGGAACUAUGCAUCCUGAAGAAUGGAUUCAACAAUUUAAAGCAUCUUAUUACUAUAACAAUACAAGCGGAAACGAAGUAUAUUUAUGUAAACAAUUGAUUCAUCCUGCAAUUAAAAUUCCUUCUAUUGAAAAUAUAUCAACAUACAAUGAGCUUUUAAAUGCUUUGAAAGCUCAUGUCUCUUUUGCUAUCUUUAAAGAAUCUUGUAAAAAAAAAUUACUGGAAUUAACAUAUAUUCCUGAAAAGGAUGGCGGGGAUACAGCGGCUUUUCUUUCUAAAUUUCAAACUCUUUGUUAUAAUGCAGGAAUUAAUAAUAUUGAAGAAAUUAAGAUUAUAAUUUACAAAAUUAUCAUUAAGAUGUCUAACGAAUUUUUUAAAAGUGAAUUCAUAAGAAAGUCGAAGGAAAUUAAUUCAAUAGAAGAAUUGUUAAAAUUAUUUAAUGAUAUAACAGCAGAUGAAGCAAUCUCAGUUAAAAAGGGUUCUUAUGUUGCUAUAAAACAUGCCGCCACUGGAAAAUAUUUAAGUAGUGUGUCAAAUUUGAAUUAUGAAAAUUAUGAAACAGGUUCAGGUAAUCAAGCGGUAUUUGCUGGAAAAACUUCUCUAGAACUAAAUGCGAUAUGGAACAUUUUUGAUAAUAAAAAUCGAUCGAAUGUUUUUUAUGAUGAUAUUUAUUUUGUGCAUCAACCGACUGGCAGAAGGUUAAUCUGCACUUCUUAUAAAUCUCUAUCUAAUUAUUCAGAAGGUAAUUUAUAAAUUAGUAUAGUUAUUUUUUAAAAAUAAAUAAUUUGGAAAUUGAAACAGUAUAAUUCAACAAAUAAUUGUGCAUAUGUAAAAUCUCAAGAUAGAAUUAUUUUACAAAAUAACUAUCUUAAGAAGAUUUUACGAAGUCAUGAACUUGAAUUCACCAUUAAUAAUGAGAAAUUCCAAGAAGUUGUUUGUCAUGACGAAAGAAUUGGCGGAAAUGAUGAG